AUGGAUUCCCACAGAAAAAGGCCAAGUAAAAGUAGGACCAGGACCAACACCUACCCCAAAGAUAAUGAAGUAGUCAUUGAAGUAGCCUACGCAGCUGUCAACCCAACUGACUGGAAGAUGCAAGACAUCCCCUAUUUUAGCAUGCCCUAUCCCUGGAUCUUCGGUGCCGACGUCUCUGGCACCAUUGUCCAACUUGGAGCUGGCGUAGACCGCUUUAGGAUUGGACAACGUGUUAUGGGCCAGUGCGAUGGAAUUCUCACACGAACCGUCCAAAACACCGCGUUCCAACUCUAUGCUACUUGUAGCGAGAUUCUCGUUGCUGUAGUUCCGGAUGAGAUCCCACUGGCAAGUGCAGCAGUCCUUCCUCUUGCUACUUCCACGGCUGCUGCGGGACUUUUCAAAAUCUUGAGAAUACCGCUUCCGGUGUUGGAUCCAAAGCCGGCGGGAAAGACGAUUUUGAUCUGGGGCGGAAGUUCGAGUUGUGGUGCCUCGGCAAUCCAACUGGCGAAAGCAGCAGGGUACACUGUUGUUACCACUGCCGGCACCCAAAACCACGACUUCGUCAAAACCAUUGGUGCAACCUAUGUUUUUGAUCAUAAAUCACCCACGGUUAUACAAGACAUCCUGGCAAUCCUUCAAAUUGGUGAUGCCAUAUUCGACUGCAUCGCUCUAGCUAGCACACAACAAGCUUGUGCAGAAGUUGCUCAUAAAAUUGGCGCCAGAAAAUUUGCUGCCUUAUUACCUCCCGUACCAAAUGAGUAUAAUGUUGAGCCUGUCAUGGUAAAUGGUUUAGAUGUAGGACUUGUGGAUUUCGAUAUCGGGGAUGCAGUAUGGCGGAAGUACGUACCGGAGGCAUUAGUCAAGGGAAAAUACUUGGCCAAGCCAGACCCGGAAGUUCUCGAGGGCGGAUUGGGCAGAGUGCAGGAUGGGAUUGAUCUUCUGAGAAAUGGUGUGUCGGCAAAGAAAGUUGUUAUAGAGAUUACGAAGCAGACAUGA